CUCGAGCGUCGCCGGGGAAGGAAGCUGCGCACGGACUCUGCUCACGCGUCCCGCCUCUGCUCUAAAGGAUAUAUGAUCUCGUUUAUUCCUGCAGGAGGCUUUAACCUUCAGACGUGCUUUUCUUUUUUGGCUCCAUCUCCUUCACACAUGCCUUUUUCAACCAUUUUGACGAAAAUUGGGUCAUGAUCACAUCGCCCACGGUCUCUGUCCUGAGAAAUAGCACGAAUCCAGCGUGGGAGAGCGGCUCCUCCUCGAGGGAGAAGGGAGCAGCGAAGAGCAGCCAACUGUCCGUCCUCAGCUCCGUCUCUCCCGCAGACCCUUCUCGUCAAGCCAGCCGUCUUCCCAUAAAGAUUUUGAAAAUGCUCACGGCGCGUGCAGGACACAUUUUACAUCCGGAGUACCUCCAGCCUCUACCUUCCACCCCCAUCAGUCCCAUUGAGCUGGAUGCCAAGAAGAGCCCGCUGGCUCUUUUGGCCCAAACGUGCUCGCAGAUCGGCAAACCGGACCCGCCGUCCUCCUCCAAGCUCUCCUCCGUGGCCUCAAAUGGAUCUAGUGAGAAGGAGAGCAAAUCUGGACCGCUGAAGAUCAGCGAUAUUGGAAACGAAGACAAAUCGAGCUUUAAACCUUACUCAAAGUCGUCAGAGAAGAAGGACUCGAGCAGCAGCCUCAGUGGAGAUAAAACCAGUUUUCGAGUGCCUAGCGCCACCUGCCAGCCGUUCACCCCCAGGACAGGCAGCCCCAGCUCCUGCACGUCCAUUUCUCCACUUCCCUCUGAAAGUAAGGCGACUGACAAGGAGGACAAAAAGGAGUCGGAUUGCAACAAAAGCGGCCUGACUGAGAGCGGCGGGAGCCAAAAGAUAAACGGAAUUACCUCUGAGAGUAACCAAGAAAACACAUCUGGAUCCAAGACUGUUACAUCAGACUCCACAUCUGUAACCUCAUCAUCUUCCUCUGUUCUAAGCUCUGGACUGGUGGCGCCCGUCUCCCCCUACAAGCCCGGCCAUACAGUUUUCCCCUUGCCCUCUGCUGGUAUGUCCUAUCCUGGAAGUUUAGCGGGUGCCUAUGCAGGUUACCCGCAACCGUUUCUCCCACCCGGAAUGACCCUUGACCCCACCAAAUCCACCAACCAGCUCUUAAGCGCACAGUUUGCUGCCGCCAGCUCUUUGGGGUGCAGUAAAACCGGAACAAGCCCCCUGGCUGGAGCAUCCCCGCCGUCGUUGAUGUCCGCCAGUCUGUGUCGAGACCCCUACUGCCUGAGCUACCACUGCACGAGCCAUUUGUCUGGAGCGGCCACGUCCAACUGCUCACACGACUCGGCUGCUGCUGCUGCAGUUGCAGCCAACGCUCUUAAGUCUGGAUACCAGCUCAUGUACCCGACGCACCCGUUACACAGCAUGCACACCUCAACCCCGUCUUUCACCGGACACCCCUUGUACCCCUAUGGCUUCAUGUUACCCAACGACCCUUUGCCGCACGUGUGCAACUGGGUAUCGGCUAACGGACCUUGUGACAAGCGCUUUGCUUCCUCCGAGGAGCUCCUCAGCCACUUGCGGACUCACACAGCCUUCGCCGGCACGGAGAAGUUGAUAUCUGGGUAUCCAGGGUCCACCUCUCUUGCAAACGCCGCAGCUGCCGCCGCUAUGGCUUGUCACAUGCACAUGCCUCCUAACGGCAGCCCGGGCAGCCCCAGCCCGCUGGCCCUCAGGGGUCCCCAUCACCCCCUCGGACUCAGCAGCCGUUAUCACCCGUAUUCAAAGAGCCCCCUUCCCACUCCCGGGGCUCCAGUGCCGGUGCCUGCAGCCACUGGGCCAUAUUACUCCCCGUACGCCUUGUAUGGACAAAGACUGACGACGGCCUCGGCCUUAGGAUACCAGUAGAGACAAAGAAUUAUACGUUUAUAAAGGAGAUUUAGGCCUAAUGAGUUUUAUAUUGUACUUCAUGCAGGGACUGGAUCCAUGUCAGGAUCAGUGUAUUUAUUUGCGAUAGCUUCAAGCGUGACUAAAAUAAUAAAAAACAAAACAUUAUUAUAAUAUAAAUUUGACAUGCCUCAAUGUGCAUUAUUUUA